AUGUCUUUAAAAACACUGGAAGCUGACAAUACUCAGCUGUUUACUAAUGAAUCCACCUAUAAACGUUCAAAACGAAAUCAUGUUACUCGGGAUUCUCUUAAUAAUUUAGUUCAAGAGAAUAAACGAGAUUUUGUGAAAGUUUUCUCUGACGAACUUAACCUCCAUGUCUUUAGGUAUUUGACAGCUGCUGACUUGAGCAUUUGUACACGAGUUUCUCGGAAAUGGUGGAGAUUGGCUAAUGAUCGUCAGUUAUGGAAAGAUCUUUUCUUGUCCCGAUUCAAAGCUCCUAAACGUCCCAAUCUUACUUAUCGCCUUGAAAGUCUUCAAAUGAUUCCAUCACAAAUGAAUAGCAUUCCAAAAUUUCAAAUCUUACCUGAUAGAACAUGUGAUGAUAUGACAGAUGAAGAGGAUUGGAAAAACAUAUAUAGAGUCAGUCACAAUUGGCAAACAGGAAAUUGUCGUGUGAUCGAUUUCAAACCUUACGUUGAUCUUAACGAAAAUCAAAUGCAAGAUUUUUCCUCUAUGGCAGGGUCAUCAAAGAUUCAACCUACUGAUUCUUUUACACCAUUUCAUACCAAUCCAACCCCUCCCGUUAAUUCUAACCCCCUUGUUCAAUUUACCAGACAUGUCAUUUUAACUGCUUCAUUUUCCAGUGUUAAGAACAUUCCCGAAGUGCAUCUUUGGCGCGCUGGAAAACAGAAUGAACAUAUAGAUACUCUGCGUAGCGAGAUCUUGUAUAAGACCAUGCAGAAAUCUAAAUUUCCAAUUGUUAUCACUUGUUUGAAGUUGGAUAGCAAUGAAGGGAAAGACGAUGCUGGAAUGCAUAAAAUAGUAGCCGGUUAUUCAAAUGGUGGUUUUACCAUUUGGGAAUUUGAUUCAAUGGAAAGGUCAAGCACUGAUGAUGAUAGAACCAUAAGAAAAUGGAGACACCGGGAAAUCUAUACCUUGCAAUCAGCGUCACGCGCGCAAAAUCCGCUUAUUGCUUGUGCUUUACAUUUUCCAGUUUUGGUGACUUGCACCGAAGAUUUUGAGUUGUCAAUAUAUUUUAUGGAUUAUAAACAGAAUGAUAGUGUACAAUUUAAUACAUCGAUUGAAGGUAAUAAAUCGGCAGUGAAAGUCGAUUGUAGACUUGUUCAUCAAUUAAGAAGUUUUGUUUGUUGGGCGCCAAUUGAAAUAUCUGUGGAAUCCAUUACUGAAGAUUCCACACAAUCAUCCUUAAUGAAUUAUUCCUCUCGGGACGUAUGGAAGGCAACGAUUGCUUAUUCUGUUCCUUUAUACGGAGGUGGUUGGACAGUAGGCGUUCAAGAAAUAAAAUUUUCAUCUACGCAGCUGAUUUCAACACGACAUUGUUCUUCUUUGCCAUCCUUUAUUCCAAUUCUCGCGGAGGAUAAUUCCGCCGAGAAUAUUGAACAAUUUUCUUUUGCUCCCAUUACGACAAUCACAUACAAUUCCGGUCAGUUAAUUACGGCACAUUUUGAUAAUACUUUACAAGUUUAUCACGUGUUGGAACAAGGAAGAAAAUUAGAGUGUAGACAUGAAUGUACAUUAUAUGGUCAUACAGGAAGCGUCAUGAGCGUUGCUUUAGAUGAACAUGUUGGAAUAAGCGCAAAGAGGAAGAAACAUGGUGAAUGUAUCGUUACUUUAAGCGAUUCUUUAAAUAAUGUAAGAGAAAAUAAUCAUUUUGGAAUAAAGUGGGUUGGAUUUGAUGAAGGAAGGAUUGUUAGUGUUUGUGGUGGUAAAACUACCACCAAAAAGGAUAAUUUACGAGGAAGCGUCAAUAAUAAUGACUUUAAUAAAAGGACAUUAAAUCCUCCACCAGGAUGGACAGGUUCAGUAACUAGAGAAAAAGGUGAUUCUCAAUCCAAUGAGAUAGAAGAUGUGGGAAUAAUUAAAGUCUGGUCAUUUUGUGAUGAAUGA